AUGGUUGGUGAAGUUCAAUCAUCUAAUAGUCCUAAUGUUGCUUUGGAAGGGAAUGAAGUUCCUAUAGAAAGUAGUGUAGUUUCACCCACACAGGAAGUUCAAUCUACUCCAAAUGAAAUAAAUAUAGAAAAUCAAGAUCCUGAAGCUCCCGUUGAACCCACUACAAGUCCUAACAAAAGGGGAUUAAAAUCAGAUGCUUGGCCCUAUUUUAAAAGGAAAAAAAUAGGAGGCAUUUGGAAGGCUAUAUGCAAAUCUUGUGAUAAGAAAAUUGGUGGUGAUACAAAAAAUGGUACUAAACAUUUAUUUGAUCAUAUUAGCAUAUGUCCAAAACGCACAGAGAGAGGUCCAAAACAAGCCAUGCUUAAAGUGACAGAAAAAAAAUCCGGAAACAGACAUGAAUCAUUUGUGGUUGGAAAUUAUACAUUUAAUCAAGAUGUUUCUAGGAAUGAACUCGCGAAGAUGAUUAUAUUGCAUGAAUAUCCCAUCAUGAUGGUUAACCAUAUUGGUUUUAGAAAUUAUAGCCAUUCUCUUCAACCUUUGUUCAAGAUAGUUUCUCGCAACACUAUGAAGAAUGAUAUAAUGAAGUUGUAUGAAAGUGAGAAGUCAAAGCAAAUGAAAAUACUUGCAAAGAAUAAAAGCCGCAUUGCAAUAACUACUGAUAUGUGGACUGCUAGCAACCAGAACAAAGGAUAUAUGUCUGUUACAGCUCAUUACAUUGAUGAAAAUUGGAUUUUGCAGAAUCGGAUCAUCAGGUUCAUUUAUGUCCCUACGCCACAUACUGCUGAGCACCAAUGA